AGCACUUCUUAACCUAGUGGACUGGGUCAGAGAGGAGGGGCUGGAGUUAGUCUGGGUCCUAAGGAUUUUAACCUCCCCCCUGCUGAGUGCUGGUCCUGCUGACCUUGCUUGGCCCCCAGGCCAGUGGGGGUUUUAAACUGCAUUCAGAGGAACCCCUUAGUGCCAGGUCCCUGGGGGGCUGGUUUUAAUCCUGAAGGGUUUGCCCUCAAGGGAGGGUAAUAGGGCAGGGAGCAGAAAUUGUCUGAUUUCACCUCAAAACUUCCCCACCCUCAAGGAAGCUGCCUAAAGGCCCAGCCUGGGAACAGCUGAGUGAAAGCAGGAGAGCCCUGGGACCCUGCCCUUGCUAGGGAGAAAGAGCUUGCCUUUGUGGGGGGAGGGGGAGAAGAAUGCUUCCCCCUACUCUGUGGCUCCCAUAGCACCAGCCCUCUAGAGUUCCCUGCCCACCACCUAGCCACAGCCUGCUGCCCACCCCUUAGCCAUGAUUGCAGUGGGUCCUCUCUGCUCCCUUGGGAGCUUGUUCCUCUUCGUUGCACUACUCCCUCUGGAGCUGAGUAUGGGGGAAGAAGGGAAGGAGCCAGCUGCCCUGAGUGCCCUGGCUAGGGUACCCUCCUUGCCCCUCAUCCAGGUGCUGCUGGAGCAGGUCCCCAGUGUCUGGCCCUGCUGCCACCGGAAGCAGCUGACCAGCAGGCAACCGCUGCGUUACAUGCUCAACCUGUACCAGAAUGUGGCAGACCGGGCUGGGCGACCUCGCCAGAACCGUAAGCUGGGUGCCAAUGCUGUGCGCCUGGUCAGGCCCUUUACCAAGACAAGGCAGCCUGGGGCAGGUCCCUGGUACAUGCAGACUCUCGACUACCACCUGAACGUCCAGCCAGGAAUGGAACAUCUGGUGAGAGCCACUGUGGUUUAUUCGAAGACUCUGCUGCUGGCUCAUGCCCAGCUCUUUUGUGUGGUUCAGUUGGAUGGGGAGGCUGGGGUUCCAAAGCUCUCACCCCCUCGAAGAGGCAAGAGGAAUGCCCUUGUCUCCUCUAGGAUGGACAGCUGGGAGGAGAGGGACAUCACCUCCCACUCUUUGCCCUGGGCCUGGGACUCCAAGAAGAGCCAGCUGCUCCGCCUUAGUCAUGUGUGUAUCCGGCUGGGACCAGCUGAUGGCUCAGAGCCUGAAGUUGGCUGGGAGAAGACUGCUUCCUUGAAUGACCCUUUCCUGUUGCUCUACCUCAAUGACACUCGGAAAGGCUUCCGGGCCAAGAUGGGGAAAGCUGGCUUGAAGGAGACUCCUGAUGGGCCAGUGCUGAGUCGCAAAGCUCGCCAGGCAGGCAACCUCAUUCUGGAUCUCCCCAGCUACUCGCAGAAGACCAACGCUGAGAAGGACGAGUGUGCUCUCCGCUCCUUCCGGGUCAGCUUCAACCAGCUGGGCUGGGACCACUGGAUCAUAGCCCCCCACCGGUACAACCCCAAGUACUGCAAGGGCACAUGCCCCCGCAUCCUGCGCUAUGGCUACAACUCCCCCAACCAUGCCAUUGUGCAGAACUUCAUCAACCAGCUGGUGGACCAGAGCGUCCCCCGACCCUCCUGUGUGCCCUACAAGUAUAGCCCCAUCAGCGUGCUGAUGAUCGAGCCUAGUGGCAGCAUCCUCUACAAAGAGUAUGAAGACAUGAUAGCAGAGUCCUGCACCUGUAGAUAAAGCCCUCCGCAUUUGAACCAUUCAUCAUGUCUAACAACCAUCAGUGCUUGCAUGAAGACAUGGUGAUCCUUCACCCGGCCUCCCCACAUCAACUCAGUCUCUGGUGAACCAGAUGCCCAGCUGUCUGAAUUAGUUAGCUCAAUGUGCCUCUAAAUUUUUUUUGCAUUUUUGACAGCCCCCUCCACACACACAAAAGGAUCUGGGUUUUUAAGAAAGGUUGUCCAACUUUUUUUUUUUUGUUUGGUCCUCUGCCUCCACCCUCCAUUGCACAAUGGACACUGGGCUCUGCUGGGACAUUUUACAAAUGGAUUUUUAUGCAAAUAUUGUGGAAUAGCAGUUUUUAAAGGGAAGAGUUUGCUGGGCCUUGUACUAAAGGACUGCCACUCUGUAUCUUCUCCUUGGGGCACUCCUCUUCCUGCUAGGGAGCUUCAUUCUUCCAUCCAGUCCCCAUAACCAGUCAAAUGGCUCAACCUUUGGCAGGGAGGUGAGAUGGACUGGCAUCUGGAGAACAUGCUAAUUGUCAUGCCAUCUGGGUUUUGUCUGAUGCUGUUUGAGCUUCCACUUGUGAAGUAGAACUGGGUCCAUCUUGUAUGAAGAGACUGCUCCAUUUGAGAAUAGCUACGUGGCCAGGUGGGAACUGGGCAUGGCUCCAACACACUAAGGGGCCAUGGAGAAGGUGGCAAUGUGCUUAUCGGAACUCUCUAGAGGACUAGUAGCUAGGCUGGAGUUGUGGGUGAGAUCUGGAGCUUGGGCCUCUUCUACUGAAGAUUUUGGUGCAGGGAAGCUAAAUCUUCUGCAGGCAAAUGGAACCUAAAAUGGGUGGAGCAGGGAGUGAUAACACCAAUUGGUUCUAUUGCUCAAAGGCUUCCCCCUAUGGGUCAAUGUCUCCCUCUCACCAGUGCUGACUUGGGUUCUGUGUGGGCCCUUCACUUUAAGGGCUUCCAUAUACUUAAUUUGAGUUUAGGCUGGCACUGUCCUGUGACUUCUGUAUCUGCUCUGUCUCUCUCCUCCCACGCGCCCCCCCCCCCCCAGCUCUGGUGUUAGCCACUAAUCCCAGUAGAUAGCAUGUACGCUUGACCUGUCCAAAUAAAUACCUUUGUAGUCAGCAUCAGUAGCUUGUUGGUCUGUGUGAGAUAGGGACUGGCCAGAGGGCUCUAGAGACAAUGCAUGGGGGGAGUGCAGGAUCUGGAAAGUCACUUUCUCAAAGCCCUGUGUCCUUCUGGGCCAUGGCUCGGGGUGGGGUGGGGGGGGGGGCGAAGGGUGGCUUUUACAAGACCUUCUCUAGGAACAGAAAAGAACACUUCAAGUGAAGCGCUAAACUUUUUUUUUUUUUUUAAAGCUUAAAAAGGCAACCCCCUGCAAGGCCUGAUGGAGUUGUGAUGCAACUCAUCUCCUAGCACGAGGGCCCAGUCAUGCAAGGCCUCCAGCAAGUUCUGGCUAAUCCCCUGUCACUGGGAUCUCUAGUAAAUUGCCCACCUUUACUAGACACUUGUGUUUUAGACUCUCUUGGAACUACCCGAAACCCAAAACUCCCCCAGAUCAACUUGGAUGAGAUUUUAGUCUUUAAUGCAACCUUUUUUUUUCUUUUCUUUCCCUUUGGCUCAAAGCACCUUAAAAGCAGAGUCCAGAGACCUUUCUCCUAGUCUUUCCUCUUUGCCUAUUGCUGCACCAACCUGAGUGUCCCCCAGUUCCACUGAACCCUGGUUACACUGCUGCGUGGCUUUCACUUUCUCUUCUGUGAAUGGAUUGUAGCCUGCCAUAAUCUAAUGAAUUCCUGUUACAGCCUGGAUCUUUUCUAUUUAUUAUAUGCUGUAUUUAAGUGUUCAUGUAAAUAAAUUGGUUUGUUUUGCUAAAGAGAAUCAUAGCCUAUUCUUGGGUGGGGGCGACUUGUUGUCCUCCUCUAGUGGCAGGUCUUUCUAACCACCCCUAAUGUGGCAGAUUUCCACUGAGCAAGGAGUGGGUUAAGAAUCCAAGUCUGGGGGCAGACAACUUCAGGCAAGCAAAGCUCUAUCUUCAUCCUCUUAAAUAGACCCCCAUCUUGCUAUGUAGCUCCCAUGGGCUGAGUCCAGGCCCCUGUCUAGUCUUUCCCUUUCAGCAUAUUCCAAGGCUGCUGUCUCUAGUUAGACACUAUAGUUAGUGACUGCUUCCCUGGCAGAGGGUUUGCUGAGCUUUGUGUUUCUGGAAGUGGAAGUUGAUUUGGGUGGCACUAUUCUUUCAUCUCCCUGGAGGUCAUUGGCAUGUGGAUUUUUGGCCACCAUUUCAAGGCCAUGCCAUGGAAUGCUAUGGCAAAGAUCCCUACAACACACCGUUCCUCUGCAAGUGAGGGGAUUUACUCCUGGGAUAGCUAGGAAGGCAUGGCAGCUAGCACAUAGACCAGGCACAGUGACAUGCCCAGCAGCUGGAGCAGGGGGGUGCCCCUAUUAUGCAGCACCCAGGAAACAAAGGUGGCUACCCACAGACUGAGGCCCAAGCUUCAAAGCUCAUAUCCAAAGCUGGGCUAUGCCAAAGGACACUCUGGAUCAAUGGCAGUGCUGAGGGCAAGAGAGUGGCUCUGAACCUGCCCACAGCCUCUCCCCAGCAGGAUGGGGGUGUCUCCUCAACUGUGAAGAGAGCCAGGAGAUGGACAAUUGCAGAGCUAACUGGUGAGUCUGAGUGGGGUGACAUGGUUUGCUAAGGGCGACUCAGAUUCCCUCUUGCCUUACAUGCCCAGGAUAAUCUCUUGCUAGCCCUUGGCCACCUUAAGGAAAUGCAGAAGAGGCUAAACAGUGUGCAUUGUACAAUGGUGCUAGGCCCUGAGCUGCCAGCCCUGGAGCCUGCAGUUUUCUGUCCCUCCGAGCAGAGGCAGCAGUGAAGUAUCCCUGUGCUCCACUCUGUGUGUGGCAGGCUUUCCCUGAGCUGCACCCAUGCAGCUGUGAGCAGAGUUCAGUCUCCAGGGCCUGCCCCAUCCUGGGCCCCUUUGAGCUGCAUUAAAUGCCCCAGCCAGUGUAGGAGGAAACAGGCUGCUUGACUAGAUGUGGCAAUCCCUGUGCUGAGGCUGGAAGGGGAGUCGCUGCUCAGGAGGCUGUGGCUAUGGCCCCAGCCUCUGGCUGCAGGCAGGGGGUAGCUGGCUUGCACAGGGCUGCCCCUCCUCGGGUGGAAUUUCAGUACCCAUGGAUCAAUGGGUUUUCAUAACACAGAGGUUGUGUGUAAAGUCAUCCCAGCUUUCUGGGGGGGUCUGGUUUUAGGCAGCUAUUGAAUGAGUCAUUGAAUUUUUGAAGAUUCAACCAAUCAGUAUUAAUGCAGAGGUGUGUUGCUGAGCUCUGGUCUGUCAAGCUGGCAUGGGUCCUGACUGGCAGUGCUCAGUCAGGGUGCUUUGGGGCAGCAAAACUGACCAGCAGAGGCAGGGCAAUGCAGGUAUACAGCUGGACAAGGGAGCAACACAAAUACCAGCUCUCCUUCAGAGUGUAUUGGGGGUGGGGGGAGAAGGGGAUUUAUUCCUUUCCCAUUGGCCAGGCUGGUGAUUUUGGACCCAGAACUGUGCAGGGGAAACUCCCCGGGGCACUAGCAGCCAGAUCCUCAAAGGUAUUUUGGCUUGUAACUUCAAUGAAUCUGCCCCUAGUGUCUCCCAGAGUCUGUGGUGGGGGGUGUCGUGUCUCUCCUCCCCUUUGCCAUGUGGCCUUGGAGGGAAAACUGCUGAGGAGCCAGCCUGAGGCUUGAUCCAGCAAGCAGAGACACAGUCAGUGCAGG